AUGGAUCCAAAUACAUGGACUGAUGCAACAGUAAAAAUGUUUAAAGACGCGCAACAAAUCGCUUUUCAGCGAAAGGCGCCGUAUAUAGUGCCGAUGCACAUGGUGCAAGCAAUCUUGGACGACGAGCAGAACAUUGUUGUCCGAGUGGUUCAGAUGUGUGGAGGUGACGUGAUGAGGAUGAAGAAUGCAGUUAAUGAAGAGAUUGGGAAAGUACCAGUGCAAGACCCUGCGCCUGUUGAAGUUGGUCUGCACCCAUCCUCACAACAAGUCCUGCGACGAGCAAUGGAAAAACAGAAGGUGAUGGGUGAUACGUACCUUGCACUUGACACAGUGAUCUUGUCACUUGUUGAGGAGAAAGAGGUUUUGAGUGCAGUUGGUGCGUCUGGGAUCAAUGUGAAAGAGUUUACAAAGAAAGUGACUGAGAUGAGAAAGGGGCAGAAGGUCGACUCGAAAGACUCAGAGACGCAGUAUGAAGCACUAAAGAAGUAUGGCAACGAUUUGACAGCACAGGCGGAGUCUGGGAAGAUGGACCCAGUGAUUGGGCGAGACGAGGAGAUCAAGCGAGUCAUUCGAAUUUUGUCACGACGAACAAAGAACAACCCCGUCUUGAUUGGUGAGCCUGGUGUUGGAAAGACGGCGGUUGUGGAAGGCUUAGCGCAGCGAAUAGUGAAAGGAGAUGUUCCUUCGAACUUGCAGUGCAGAGUCAUUGCACUUGAUAUGGGUGCGCUGAUAGCUGGUGCGCAGUACAGAGGGCAGUUUGAGGAGCGACUGAAGGCGGUCUUGAAGGAGGUGAAAGAGUCGAAGAUCCCAAUCAUUCUGUUUAUUGAUGAAAUCCACACUGUCUUGGGUGCCGGUGCAACCGGAGAGGGUGCAAUGGAUGCGGCAAACAUCCUGAAGCCAAUGUUGUCGAGAGGGGAGUUGCGGUGCAUUGGAGCAACAACACUUGAAGAAUACAGAAAGUACGUUGAGAAAGACCCUGCCUUUGAGAGGCGAUUCCAGCAGGUCUAUGUGGCUGAGCCGAGCGAAGAGGACACACUGUACAUCCUGAGAGGCAUCAGAGAGAAGUAUGAGAGCCACUACGGACUGACAAUCAUGGACUCUGCUCUUGUUGCAGCUGCAUCGCUAUCAAAGAGAUACAUCAAUGCAAGGUUUUUGCCAGACAAGGCAAUCGAUUUGGUUGAUGAGGCGUGUGCAACACUCUUCACACAGAAGAACUCGCAGCCUGAGGAGAUCGACAACUUGGAAAGAAAAGACACACAACUGACAGUCGAGAAGAUAGCACUUGAGAGAGAGCUGAAGCAGACAACAGAGGACC